AUGACUAUCAAUCCCACUUACCUCGCGCAGCGCACGCGCUCCUCUGUCAACUGGACAGAUGCCAGAACUCGUGUCCUUAAGUCGUACAGAGAAUGGCUUAGAGCGUCCCCCGAGAUCCAGACCAUGUACUCACUGAACAUGCCCGUAUCCGUCAUCCGCACCAAGGUUCGCCAGGAGUUCGAGAAGCACCGCUACGUGAAGCAGCUCAGCGCCGUCGAUGUCCUGCUGUUCCAAAGCCACGCCGAGUUCCAGGAAACCCUCAACUACUGGAAGCAGCUGUCUCAUGUGAUGAAGUACUUCCGUCCAGAGGAAGACCCCGGUGCUCGGUUACCUCCUAACUUCAUCUCGGGCUUCUUGGAAGGCCGCAAUUGA